AUGGUCAGGAAUUCAGAACCCAACGACAGGCGCACUGAACAGUUCAGAAAAUUAUUUAUCGGAGGUCUUAAUCCACAGACAGAUGAUACUAAGCUGCGUGAGUAUUAUGGGCAAUGGGGCGAUAUCGUCGAUGCUGUUGUAAUGAAGGAUAAGAGAUCUGGCCGUUCCAAAGGUUUUGGCUUUAUCACUUAUAAAGAGCCUGAAAUGGUUGAUGCCGCACAAUCGAACCGUCCCCAUUCUAUCGAUGGGAAAACUGUCGAAGCCAAGAGGGCUAUGCCACGAGAGGAUUCGCAAAAUCCAGAGUCACACAUGACCGUCUCGAAGCUGUUCGUCGGCGGCCUUAAAAAGGAAGUUACCACUGAUGAUCUUAAGGAAUACUUUCUGAAAUUUGGCACUAUCAAAGAAUGUGAGGUCGUGAAGUUUAAGGAGUCAGGCGAAAGCCGCGGCUUUGGAUUUGUAACGUUCGAUGACUAUGAUGCUGUCGAUAAGGCUAUCUUGUAUAAACCCCAUUUCAUAGGUGCCAGCAGGGCUGAUGUUAAAAAGGCGCUUAGUAAAGAACAAAUGAAUCAGAUGAAAAGGAAGCAGGAGGCGAGAUACGAUGGAUACUCUGGCAAUUACGAUGGUGGUUAUCCUUCUAUUGGAGGUGGAUACACUGGAUAUGAUAACACCUGGGGUGGGGGCUAUGGCUCCAUGGGUGGUGGUGCAAGUUCAGGUUACGGUGGUGGUUGGAGUGGACAAAUGUCAGGUGGGGGUGUCGCCGCAGGCCAGUGGGGGGGGAUGGGUGAUGGUUUUGGCAGUUACGGGGGCCAACAGGCUUAUGGCGGCGGACCUAUGCGUAUGGGUGCUCAAGGUUACCAAAGGAGUGGUCCUUAUGGUGGAGCAGGUACAUGA